AUGGUUGUUUGGAACUAUGAGAUUUAUCUCCAAUCACAAAGUCAUCCUCUAUCCAUGAUCAUAAACGUUUUCUUUUUCUUAAUCAUCCCUUUUGCAGCUCCGUUGUCAUUUAACUUCAACAGCUUCACUCCCUAUGAUUUAAACAUAACCUAUGAAAGAGCUAAUCCGGCAAACGGUUUUAUCCAACUCACCCCGAACAAGUGUGAUUCACCUAUGAAUGUAAGCAUUGGCCGAGCCACAUAUUCCAAGCCGAUGCACCUUUGGGACAGGGCCUCAAGAAAUCUGGCAGACUUCACUACCAACUUCAGUUUUGUCAUCAAUUCGCAUCACAGAGAAUCUUAUGGUGAUGGGAUUGCGUUCUUCCUUGCGCCUGCAGGAUCAAAAAUCCCAGAUGUCGAAGCAAGUGGUGGCAAUCUUGGCCUCCGAAGUGAUUUCAGUACAGAAAAAUCAUUUGUUGCAGUGGAGUUUGAUAUUUUUCAGAACAGCUGGGACCCAGAAUUUAACCAUGUAGGUAUUGACAUCAACUCUAUGACAUCUGUUAAUGUUGUAAAAUGGUUGAGCAGUACUAAUAUUUUGAAUGGGGAAAUAAAUGAUGUUUGGAUUCGUUAUAAUUCAGUUUCAAAAACUCUCAGUGUUUUCUUCACUGAUACCAAUAGAAUGGGAACCACUUUCAAACAAAGCCUUCAUUACUUCGUUGAUCUAAGGGACUGCUUGCCAGAAUGGGUUACAAUUGGCUUUUCAGCUGCAACAGCAAAUGCAUCAGCUAUGCAUAGUAUAUACUCAUGGAACUUCAGUUCAACACUGGAAAUUGAAGAAAACAUAACGACUCCAACAAAUCCAGGAGUAAUCACACCAAGUUCUGAUCCUGACCCCAAAUCAAGUAAAAGCCAGAAAGGAUUAGUGGGUGGAUUGGCUGUUGUUGGAGGCAUUUUGGUUGGUGUAUCGAGUUUGGUUUUGUUCCUCUUUUGCAAGAAAAAGCACGGGAGUCAAAACAAAGCUGGUCCUGGCUUUGUCAUGUCUGUGGUUGACAAUUUUGAAAGAGGUACAGGACCUAGAAAGUUUUCUUACAAGGACUUGGCUCGUGCUACCAAUAACUUCAUGCUGGAAGAGAAACUCGGAGAGGGAGGGUUUGGUGAGGUUUACAGAGGUUUCUUGAGGGACUUAAACUCCUAUGUUGCUGUGAAAAGGGUGUCAAGGGGUUCUAGACAAGGUCUAAAGGAGUAUGCAUCAGAAGUUAUGAUUAUUAGUCGAUUGAGGCAUAGGAACCUUGUGCAACUCAUUGGUUGGUGCCAUGAAAGACGAGAACUAUUGCUUGUUUACGAGUUCAUGCCUAAUGGAAGUUUAGAUUCUCAUCUCUUUAGAGAAAAAAACUUUUUAACUUGGAUUGUGAGAUACAAAAUCGCUAAAGGCUUGGCCUCGGCAUUGCUCUAUCUUCACGAAGGAUGGGAACAAUGUGUCUUGCACAGGGACAUAAAAUCAAGCAACAUUAUGUUGGAUUCCAGUUUCAAUGCCAAGCUUGGGGAUUUUGGAUUAGCUAGGCUUGUAGACCACGAAAAAGGAUCGCGAACAACAAUUUUGGCAGGGACCAUUGGUUACAUGGCUCCCGAUUGUGUCAUUACAGGCAAGGCCAGUAAGGAAUCAGAUGUCUAUAGCUUCGGAGUUGUAGCAUUAGAAAUAGCAUGUGGAAGAAAACCGAUCGACUGUAGUGCUCAAGAAGAGUGUCAGAUAACUAUGAUAGAGUGGGUCCGGUACCUCUAUGGAAUAGGAAGGCUUCUUGAAGCAGCGGACCCAAAACUGUCUGCAGAUUUUGAUAAGAAAGAAAUGGAAUGCUUGAUGAUUGUCGGCCUUUGGUGUGCUCAACUAGAUAGCAAUCUUAGGCCUUCAAUUAAGCAAGCAAUUCAUGUCCUGAAUUUUGAGGCUCCAUUGCCAAAUCUUCCAUCGGAGAUGCCUAUGCCAACAUAUGGAACUAUUCCUAUGUUUUCAGCGGCACUAUCCUAUGGCACCAUUGUUUCUGAGAGCAGCCAAAUGAGUUACUUAGCAGGUAGGUGA